UCGAGCAUGUAUUUCUUUGUUUUUCAUGAUUUUGAGCUGUAUCCAAAAUAUAGGGAUGGAGACAAACUUUAUAAACAUCCUGUAGAAUAAAAUUAUGCAAAACAAUAUUGAAUUUGUUGCUUUCUACAGCAAAACACGCAAAAAUGGAAUUAGCAACGUUAUUUUAAUAAUUUACAUCACAAAAUCCAUAUGUCUCUUGCUUAUUAGAGCAAAUCGAUCAUUUUAAUAUAUAUAAGUACUGGAAAAACAUAAGUAUGUUACAAUUACGAAAAUCAGCUAUCUUAUUACGAGUCGGCGCAAUCGCAAAACAUUUAGCAAAUGAGUUCGAACAGACAGUGUUAGUUUGAUCAUAUGGUAGUGAUGAUUAUGGUUACGACUAUUCAACAAGCUUUACAUCCUUUUUUUAUAAUAUGUUUUAUUAUGGGUUUAGGUGUUUAUCCUAUAAAACAAUCAAAAUUGAAGUUACGAUGUAUCAUAUACUUAAGCACUUUGUAUUCUUUGAUAAUCUGGAUUGCCUAUACUUAUUUCCUUUUCUAUACUUUGAAUUUAUUUACAUUAAAAGUAAUAUAUCCUACCCCCAUUAAUAUGGUUGUUACGGCGACUAACAUCUUAUCAUUGUUUAUAUCCGUAAUUAUGAAAUUUUGUUAUCAAAAGAGAUUUGAAAUAUGUGUAAUAAGACUUGCUGCAGUGGAUGAUACUUUGGAAGAGCUUGGCACUCCAAAGAUAUAUCGAAAGAUACAUAUAUUAGGAAAAGGAAUACUAAUCGGCUGGAUCGUAUACAGCCUUGCUAUAAAUUUUGAUGAUACGAUAUUUUGGUUGAACAGAAAAGAAACUGCUUCUUGGGGAUUAUUUUUAUCUCACAUAUUAAAUUAUCCUAUGCAUGUCAAUACAUUUCUGGACUUAUUAUUUAUUUUUUUUCUAUGGUAUAUUGGUACCAGAUUUGACAAAGUAAAUGUGCAUGUACGGUGUUUAUUGGUGAAAGAAGAGCAUGGACUGAGAUGUACAUGGAGAAAAUCUGUACUAGCUCUUCGUCGAGAUAUUUCAUGUAUUAAUAAUUCCAAGCGAACAUUGUGGACUACAAUGCAGCUUCAUUUAGAAUUAUGUCGUCUUACUCGUGAGCUGAACUCCAUAUUUGGAAUACAAAUGACUUUGGAGAUGACAUCCUACUUCUUGUUUUUAACAUUAUUGUGCUAUUAUUUAUGCAUAAUACUAAUAGAGGGAUGGCAAAAAGAGAUACAAAUACACAUAUGGUUUAAUCUCAGCCUAUGGAUUUUUCUAUUUUUAAUGAAACUAUGCGUUGUAAAUUAUAUCUGUGAGAAUGUUACAGUUAAGGCUAACGAAAUUAACAAAAUAAUUCAUCAACUGACAAAUUCUAUUCGAUAUGCAGACGUUUGGAAGGAGAUUUAUCAGUUUACUUUGCAAAUAAUGUAUCAUCCGUUAAAAUUAACUGGAAUGGGUUUUUUCUACCUUGGCAAUGACUUCCUUCGAAAGGUUUAUCUUUGCAUUUAUCUUUUUUUACCGCUUUAUGUCGUUUUUUAUAUCAUAACUUAUAACAAUUCAAGAUAUUUCUUUUUUAAUAUUCUCUUAUCAAAACUGUUUUUCUACUGUUUUCCACUAUUACAUAAUAGUUUCCGGUUGCUUUAA